AUGGCCUCCACAGCCGCCAAACGUCUCUUCAAAGAAUACCGCGCCCUCUCCUCCGAUCCCCCGGAGGGAAUCACCGCAGGCCCCGUAAACGAAGACGACAUGUUCAUCUGGGAAGCGCUGAUUCAAGGCCCCGAAGGGACACCCUUUGAAGGCGGUGUUUUCCCUGCUGAACUACGGUUUCCGAAAGAUUAUCCGUUGGCGCCGCCGAAAAUGAAGUUUAUUACGGAUAUGUGGCAUCCAAAUGUAUAUCCCAACGGCGAAGUCUGUAUUUCGAUUUUACAUGCCCCGGGCGAAGACCCCAUGCAAUACGAACAAGCGUCUGAGCGGUGGUCGCCGAUACAGAGUGUGGAGAAGAUACUGAUUAGUGUGAUGAGUAUGUUGGCGGAGCCGAAUGAUGAGAGUCCGGCGAACGUGGAUGCGGCGCGCAUGUGGAGGGAGAAGAGGGGGGAGUAUGAGAAUAUUGUGCGGGCGAAUGUGAGGAAGAGUUUGGGGUUGUGA